AUGAACCACCACGCGCCGCCGGGCUACUACGUCCCGCACACGCCGCCGUCGAAUGGAGUCCCGCCGGUGCCGACGGUGAUGGAGCUCGAGCGACACUACUUCGAGCUUGCGGAGCAGCGUAGGCGCUUAGAAGAGAUACUGGAGAGGACGGAUCGGAUGAUGGCAGGCGUCAAGCGCGGCAUGGACGAGAUGCGCGCUGGGCAACAGCAGCCGCCGCAACCUCCGACCCCGCAGCUUGCGAGCGCGCUGGCGCAAGCGCCAUCGUCGCCUCAAGCCAAGCCCAAGUCUCCGCAACAGCAGCCUCGGUCGUCGCCAAAGCAGGUAUCCGCCGCCGCGGUGCCUCUCAACCGCUCAGAGCGGAACGGAACAAAGGACAGCAUCUGGCCUGUCGCUCCCCCGGAAACGCCGGGGCGCGAGUGAGACAGAGCAAGAGCGCAUAAACGAUUUCCUCUCGUCUCUGAUACUUUCUUCAUGGUAUUUGAUUGAACCUCGUAAAGUAUCCAUACUCCGUCAUAUGUUCAAUACUGUUUAUAGCGUUUUAUUAAGUAUGUACGUGGGUAUUUGUUGGUAGCUUGGUAUCGGGUGCAGUUCAAAAACCCUCCAUGGAUUUUGUGAUCUAUUGUAUGUGCCCUUGUAGUGAAUAUUCUGUAGACGUUGGUUCACGGUCUGCCUUACGUCUACAUCUUAGAUCACCGAAUGAUAUGAGUUGUCAACCCAA